AAACAAAAGCACCAGACGUCGAGAUGUGCCUUCUGUGCCUGUCACUGCCGAUUUUCUAUCCCAUCCUGGUGUUUUUCUACUACAAUUUCUAUCUACCCGCAAUGGCAAUCGCAUUUCAGCUGUGGAGAACCGCUUAUCAUGGGAGUAACACAUUGCAGGACAGAAUAGCCGAAGAAAACUGAAAACCAGUUGACCAAAGAAAAUGUCCCCUUUGUGGCAGAUCUUUAACUCUGGGCAGGCGUUGACACUUGACAGUUUUUAAAAAUGGUGGGAAACUAAUGAAACUAAAUUUGUACACCUCGCUUUGGGUUCCUAAACAUCUCUCGACCUGGAAAGACACACUGAAAUUUUAAAGACAAAAUUGGUAGUGUAGUUUUGCAUCAAAAUGCCAGUACUGGAACUGUUUAUUGUUAUGGACAAUGUCUAUCACGGAUUGCGUCGUUGCCUUGGACCUGAGAAUUUUGUCGUUAUAGGCCUACUAGAUCAGCCAAAUGGCCAGUUAAUGAUGAACUAAAAAAACUGGAAAAACGUCGUCGCAGGAUUAUAAAGAACAAACGGGGCUCUCGACUUUCGCGAAGGAAUCACUUUCCCAGCUGCGAAGCAAGCAAAGAGAGCGUUAUUAGCUCCUUCGAACUAAAGGAGUGGAAAAGCAGUGGUAAAUACCCCGCCUCAAUUCCUCUGAGUCCUUCGAAAUAUCUGCUGAAUCGCCGACGUCUCCAAAAUCGCCCCUUGAUGCUGAAUGCUCGCCAGGCUUUUCAAGUUCAGUGGGGAGGUUGGUGGCAGAGGUGCUGGCCCACUCUUGUGGCAGCCAGUGUGCAGAUGAGCUGCGGAUCCUCGGUCCUUUGCCAUUCGCUGUUGGGGUUGCGCGAUGACGAGGAAUAUGAGCCACCAAUUGUGGUGCUCAUGUGCUACAUCGGACAGGCCUUUAAAAAGAUUUGCAAGCAGGCGGAUUUGGCCAUUUGCAGCAAUGGUCAUGGGCCCAAUUACAUCACCACCUCGGCCACCAUGGAGUUGAUCGACAUUCGCGAGUUUUUCCAGCAAAUCAACAAUGCCCUGGUAGACUAUCUCCUCAGGGUCGCUGAUUCCGAGAUCUACACAAGCCUAUCAAUGGAAUAGCACAGCUUGGAAGACCUACAAAAAAUUAUGAAUCAUAGGCAUCAUAAACUCCAACUAGGUUUGGCCUACACUAAGAAGAAUAGGUUCUAGCUAAGUAACAAUCCAAGGCAAAUGUAAAUUCAUGUUUAGAAUUCAUUAUUAAACAGAAAAGUUUAAAACUUGCACUAGAACAAUAA